CCAACGCGCGUUUUUAAGCAACGAAGCCUGCAGCGCGUUCUACCGAGUCUUGACCUGGGGUGCAGCCCCGUUGGGUCGAUUUUUUAUCUAUGAGUCAUUUAGCGACAGUUUUGAGGACGAAAAUAUUACUCGUCUCAGUUCCGGGCUUUCACAGAACUAUCCUGGUGUCAUCGGCUCCUCUGAGGCGCUGUGCCUUGAACAUUCCUGGUCAUGUUGUCAGUCCCACAGGCACGGGAGUCUCUUACUCUCAGUCGUUCUUGUGUAGGGAGUGGUCAGCGACGUCUCUCUCCAACCCCUUCGGAACAGAGCUAUCAAACUAUUGAAACACACCCGGCCUCGUUAUUUUCCGUCUCACAGGCUGACGCUGGAUCUGACUCCCUCAGUUUGACAACCACAGUCACUGGAGAUUUGGUCGGUGGUGGCAUAUGGGAUAGAUCUCAGUCAAUCAUGCCCCUGGGCUGUACGUUCGGUCGUGGUCAAACGUCCAAUUUCAUCGAUUUAGGGACACAGCGGCCGUCGGCAUGUGGUGAAAAAGGCCUUUUUGAGUUCCUGAAGGAAGCGGAGUUAGAGCACUACUAUACGGCACUCACCACUCAUCUGAAGAUCCGGUCAGUGGAACAGAUCAAAUACGUGGAUGACUCGGAUCUGACAGAGCUGGGUUUUAGCCGACCAGAGCAACGUCGCCUCCGCAAAUUUUUCAAACGGGAAUGCCCGCAGACCACAAUGGGGAAGCUUCGAAAGCGCCUUUCACGAUCGACCGGUGCAACCAGAUCCGUUUCGGUCUCGCGUACAGUUGAUAAAAUACUCGGUCCGGAUGCUGUCACCCCAACCGUGCGGUUUACAUCGGUGGAUCAUACCCCUACAUAUGAAGAGGGCCGUAACUGGGACAGUUCCAGGACGAAUGUGCGAGUUGGGGAAAGCGUGGUCGGUGGUGGCACAUUGUAUCGUAUAAUUCCUGCGAGACAGCUGGAAAUUGGUGCAAACCUGGGUGAAGGGGAAUUCGGGAAAGUUUUUCAGGGAGUAUGGCGUCCUGAGUUUGGAGGUGUUGUCCAGGUAGCCGUCAAAAUUGUGGAAACGCAUCGUUUGACCAACAACACGGAUGAAUUCCUCAACGAAGUUGGCGUAAUGCACCGACUCAACCAUCCGGAUAUCGUUCGCCUCUAUGGGAUCAGUGUGGAACCGGACGUCGUCAAAAUUGUCACCGAAUUAGCCCCACUGCGUUCUUUGCUCGAGUGCCUGCGUGAACCGGAACUCCGACCCAGUUUCCCAGUUCCAGUGUUGCAUCGGUUCGCUGUCCAGGUCGCCCGUGGAAUGGCCUAUUUGGAAGAGCUUGGUCUGGUCCAUCGCGAUCUGGCUGCAAGAAAUCUUUUGGUGUUCAGUAAGGACCUGGUAAAAAUCAGUGAUUUCGGAAUGUCUCGAGCACUUCAACUCAGUAAAUCCUAUUAUCAGUCCAAUUUCAACGUGAGCCUCAAACUUCCGAUCGCCUGGUGUGCUCCAGAAUGUAUCCAUGACCUCCAGUUCAGCACAGCUUCGGACAUCUGGGCUUAUGGAGUCACGCUUUGGGAAAUGUUCACCUAUGGUUUCACUCCGUGGGCUGGACUUACUGGGCGUCAAGUGUUGGAAGCAAUCGAUGUGCCCCGUUCUGCACGUCUUGAUCAGCCAGAUGCGUGCCCGGAUGCGAUAUACGACGCAGUAAUGAGGGCCUGUUGGACGCAUGAACCAAGAGCUAGGCCAACGUUUAGCCAUCUAGUGGCAAUGCUUCCUCGCUUAUGCCCUGAACGGUGGUUGGCUGUGCGCGCCUAUCGAUCCGAAAUGGAAAUGGCCGAUAGUGACAGGGACGAUAACAAAUCACUGACCAACGGUGCAGCCAAUGAACAUCCGAUUCCAUUUGCCCUCCCGCUAUCUCGAUCCCUUGGCCGGCAUCUAUCCGUUCGGGAGAAUGAGUUAGUCUAUGUUCUUGGAAAACGAAGCUCACAUCUUUGGAAAGUUGUCAGUCAUCAGACAGGUCUGGUUGGAUGCCUUCCAACCUCCAUCCUCAAACCGUAUUCCUUCGAUUCGUCAGCUUCGAAGGAUGGAUCAUCGAAGCUGGGUGAUCGGACUGUCAGUGGCGGUCCACCUUCAGGUGGAAAUAGCAGUGGUGCUGGUGGAACGUUACUCCCACCCAAGUCUCUGUUACGCUUGAGUCGGAGAGACAAGAUUAGUCUCCCUCAGAAUGACUUUCGUCAUGUGGCACACGUGGGAUCCGACGGCACCGUGUUUGGUGAAGUGGAUUUUACCCAGGCGAACGGAUCUCAAGAUGGAUUGGACAUUGUGCGUUGUUCUCAAAGGGUUGCCCGGUCUCCGUCGAACGUGUCAGAGACAACGGUUAACGAUGCUGAGUCGUUGGGCAGGCCGAUAACGAGACGUGACUUUUCGUCUCCCGUAUCUGAGAAGAUCUCAGCAGCGAAAUCAGUGCCAAAGUUGGACCUCAAGAUGCAGUCCAGCACCAAUGGGCAAUCGAAUGGUCAUGCCUUGGACGAUCUGUUCAAGUCCGAGACAGAGUCAGAUCUUGGCUCAAUGGGACUCUAUUUUGGCACAUCCCUCUUGGAUGAGGUUUUCAAAUGCUUCAGCAUCGAUCCAAAUGAGACGGGCAUUAAGUUAGAGCCGGACAGCUCUGAUACCUCGUUGCCUAAGGAUCAAUCUGUCGGUGAUGUUUUUGGAGACCGGAGUGUGCGGCAUGUGAAUGCUGUCCAUACUUCCAAUCCACCUGCACUACCGGAUCCACCAAAUCACUUGAAAAACUCCGUCUCCAACACAUCCGCGGAACCAUGCACCCUUCCAGCAUCCCCUUCGUACCCUGUUUCACUGGUUUCUGUCGCUUCCGAAAAACAAACGGCCAUCGACGGUAGGGAAUCCCGGGCCCCCACUAGGUCAGCCACCACUGUGAUCACUUCACUCGAUGCUCCAUGCAUGACUCCAAGUCUCCGAACGCGUUGGAAACGUAGCACUUUUGGCAGUUUGAGAAGGCGCAGUUCGUCUGUAUCCAAGGUUCCGAUCAGCGCCACGACCACGUCCUAUGGGUUGACUGGUACGCUAGGCCGAAAGUGUUCCGAACCUCCCGAAGGUCUAACUAGUAAGAAUCGGCUCACUAUUAGUCCCCCGGUCUUGAUUAGUAAACCCCUGUUACCAGAUCCUGUAGUGGAUACGGUAUCAUUAUGUUCACGACCGAUCUCUGUCACCUCGUCUACCGUGUCCUCUGUUGGAGGCCUAAGUUCCGCCAGUCAAAGUAGUUCACUGACCAUAGUAUCGUCUACAAACGGCCACCUUCCAUCAACUAAGGAUAAACAGCCGACGGGCGAAGCGGCAAAAUCUUCCGAUUCCUUCACUUACGUCCGUCAUGGGGUGAAUUCGGGUGAAGAUGGACUAUCCACACACUCGUCUGUCUCACCUACGCCAAGCGUGUCUUCGUUAAACACCGUCAGUAGAAAUGCGGUCAUUUCUACCAAUCCGACUCCCAAUCUUGGACUCCGAACGCUUCGUGGAGGUGGUGAUGUCGUAUUUCGAGCGUCAACGUCUACAGCCAGUGGAACUCUGAGUCAACGGCGUAAGGUGAUGCUAUGCGGUUCGGCUGCGACAAGCUUUGCGAACGAUACCAGGCCCCCGAUAUCGCGUAUUCGCGAACCGACACCAACUGGCACGAGUCGUGUGGCAGACUACUACUUGGCCAAUGCCAGAGUCACUGGAGCCCUACUCUCCCGAUUGGACGGUCUACCAGCUGGGCGGUCACAUGAGGAACACACGGUAGAGCAGAAAUCACUUGGUCGGCGAAUGUCGCUCUCCUCCACCAUAUCAUCUUCUUCAUCGUCUGAAUCCUCGCCCCUGUCAGCCCAAUCGCCAAUGAUCUCACCAUCGCGCAUUCCCAAUACCUCUGUCAGCCCGACACGAUUGGUCGCAAGACGUUCCUCUCAACCGCCGUCAGCUGUUCCCUGUCGGGCACUCGAGUUGGAUGGCAACAUAGCUUCGUUUUGGGGCUCCACGUUUGCUGAUAUGCUAAAUGGCGACAGUAAGCCGAAGGAUCCCAACCCCGAUGCGACACUUCCAAGAACUCCUUCGUCUGACUUGCGCACAACUCUGAAAAGUUCACCAUUCAAAUCGCCGUACACUUCCAGUCUGGUUUCGCCCGAGCAAGACUCUCAGAACGUUCAUCCAGUUUCCUUUGAAUCAUCGGUUCAGUAUUUAGAGCGCGAAUUUACUGAUCGGAAGGUCCGUGGUUCGAAUCCAACUUCUGCCUCUUGGCUUCCCCUGUCUAGGCUUGGGCAUCAUGGAAAUCUACCGGCCCUCGUGCGUCUGUUGGCAUAG